GUGACGUCACAGGUCUCCUCCUUUCUGCGGUUUUCACCUGGGUUGGGGUGUCCUGCAUUCAGUGAAAAGGGGCUGCCAGCCGAUCCAGCGCCAUCCACCUCCCGCCAUCCCCAUCCCCCGCAUCCGGGCCCGCGUGAUCCACUCUGGGAGUCCCCUGUGUGAGGGAGAGAGGUGGCAGUAGGGAGCUGACAGCACCCUUUUGUCUCCCCUCUUUGUUCCCUAUUUUCCCCUCUCCAGAGUCAGCGAACAAACAUCAUAACCUGGGAUCUUUGACUCACAAGUUCCUUCACUGCCCUGAUGGCCACUAGCAGCCUUGCCCACAGCCCGCUGUACCGGGUGCUGGUCCGGGUAUCUGAGAGCUGCUCUGGAAUAGAAAAAAAGCUGCAAAAGUAUUUCCAGAACCCAUGGAGGUCCGGGGGAGGCAAGUGCAGGGUCAAAGCUGGUCCCCGAGAAGGCACAUUCUGGGUAGAGUUUUAUAAAAGACAAGCCAAGGAAGGUGUGAUGGCAAAGAAAGAUCACUCUGUGGCAAUCGGUGCUGCAUCACAUGUGAACAUUUUCCUAGAAACAGAUGAAAGCCAAAGCGACAACAGUUUGGAGAUGAGUCAGUUUUCCUCUCAGGCUCAGUCACUCCCAGAAAAAUUUCCAGAUGAGAAGCACUCAGAUGAACGAGGUGCUCCUAGCUCUUCUAAUUCGUUCAUUAAAAAGAUAUUUCUCCAAGUAAGGGCCCAGCUGAAAUUCAGGCUUUCAAAAGAGCAGAGGGAGAAAAUUAUUGACCUCUGCCCAAAUGUUAGAAUAGAGGUCUACCGUGAUAAACCUGAGAAAUUGAUUGGUGAAUAUCAAGAUAUAGUAAAAAUUUAUCACUUGUUAAGUGAUAGGGUGCUAGGAAACAACCAAAAAGAUCAUUUUCCCCACUCAGCCUCAGCAAGAAAAAAUGAGCACAGUAAGCCAAAUGACUGUGACAGUCCUGUUCUUCGCUCCAAACCCAAACACAAAACAGAAGAGAACUUUAUUACAGUUCCUUCAGAUAUGUAUGAAUAUUUCAAAUAUUUCUUUGCUGAAACUCUGGCCAGAAUAGAAAGUGAGCAUCAAGUACAAAUCAAAAGUACUGUGGCAUAUUCUACGGCCAAUGUUUGUUUAAAGUUCGAGACAAGUAAGCCAGGGGACAGAAAAGCAGCUCAAGAAGCUUUUACCAGAGCAUUUCAGAAGGAAAUACAGAACGUGAACCAUCAUGAUGUUCAUUUCUCAGAUAACAAACUGGCACUUGAAGUCCAAAAAAUACUGACAGGCAUAUUUAAAAACCUCCGUAUUAAAGCUGAAGGAAAAGUAUUAAUCCUAUGGGGAAACCAAGAGGAUAUUUCAGGAGCUCAACAUUUCCUUGAAUCAAACCUCUCCCAUAAACAACCUCUGGAAAUGAUGAUUUCCCAAAACCCGAAGAAGAAUGAAAUUGAAGUUGAUACAGCUUACUUGCGUCUUCUGGACCAAGAAAUCAGAGAAAUCGAGAAAACAUAUGACACUGUAAUGGAAAUGAUAAACAAACCCAAAACCCGAAAAACCCUCAUUGUAUUUAAACCAAAACACAAAGACAUAGACCUCUCUGCACAUGCUUGUGAAGAUUUCAUUGAGAUCUUUCAGAUGCUCUUACAAGAGGUUGUCAAAGAGGUAGUGAUCCUGAAACCAUUAGAUGAAGAGAGAAAGCGUUGGCCUGAAAAGACAUUCUUUGAAGAAUUUGAAAGAAAGCACCUCUAUAUAAACUUGGAGUGGUUUGAACAGCAACUGACAUUGACUGGUUUACCCAAGUACGUUGGAAAAGCAAUGAAGUAUAUUAAGAAACAUUUUACUAUUGAAGGUCCUCCUCAGCAGAGACAAGGGCUAGUUCUCUCCCUUGGAGAAAUUUGGUUCAGAAUCCCCAGAUCCACCUUGCACAAAAAUGGUGAUGAUUUAAAGAUGGCUUUCCCUAACUUCAAGGGAUUGCCUGGCUUAGGAAUGGAGGAUGAAGAGGAUGAUGAAUGUGCUAUCUGUCUAGAUGUCAUUCACCACAAGGAAGUCCUCUCAAAGUGCAAGCAUGAGUUCUGUGGCCCUUGUAUCAGAGAGGCCAUGAAGCAUAGGCCAGUGUGCCCUGUAUGCCAGACUUCCUAUCACGUCGUGAAAGGGAACCAGCCAGAUGGAACAAUGACAACCUCUUACAGAACCUCUUCACUUCCAGGUUAUAAUUCAUGCGGCACCAUUGUGAUUCAGUAUGACAUGCGGGGAGGCAUACAGACAGAAGAUCAUCCCAACCCAGGAAAACGCUAUGAAGGAACAAGACGGGUGGCAUAUUUGCCAAAUAAUGAAGAAGGACGGCACGUUUUGAAUCUCCUCAGAAGAGCUUUUGACCAAAGGUUGAUUUUCACAGUAGGACAGUCUCAGACAUCAGGAGUCAAUGAUGUGAUCACUUGGAAUGAUAUUCACCACAAAACUCUGCAGUUCGGCGGGCCAGAAAACUUUGGUUACCCUGAUCCCAAUUAUCUGCAACGAGUCAAGAUGGAGCUGAAGGCAAAAGGAAUUGAUUAAAAGUGCUGACUUCAAGGGUGCCUUGAGAGCUGGGCUUGCAAGAGCUGCAGCUGUGGAAAAGAAUGAAAGCAAUCAUUAAAAUAGUUGUGUGUAGGCACUAUUUAGAGAAAACAAAAAGAAUUUGAGAAGAAAUUAGUUUGUUUAGGGCUGAGUGGGAUGAACUGCUACCUGUUAACCUGUCUAAUUUCUUGGAGAUAUUUACAUUUUAUUACACAAACUCAGAGUCAGGUAGGAAUGUAAAAGUUGCUCUAGUGAGAAACCGAAGUGUAUCUCUCAGUGCUUUCCUGCCUGUAUCCAUUUUGCUGUCACCAGAGAUGCUGGAGUUAAGGAAUCUUCCAUACCACCUGCACAAGGUCCAUUCACAUUAUUUGUGGUCAGCUGUUGGUGGCCUUAGAACUCACCAGUUCUAGCUCCCUUGUAACUGGAAUGGUAGCCAGGAACAUUAAAAACAUUGAAAUCUUGAAGAAGAUUAUAGUCUGCUUUUACUUACAUGAAUCCUUCACUUCCACAAGAAACUAUCCAUCCUUAGAGCUCUGGCAGAUGUGAUAUAAAUUGAAGAGUAGAGAAAGAUAUUUCUGUCUUCAGUCAAGUCCAGUGACUUUCAGUCACUUUCAAGAACAAAUACAAAAGCCUCUGUUUGGCAUUCAACACCCUUCAUAAUCUUGCUUUUCCUUUUACUGCCCCAAUAUGGACUCUGUGAUUCAGUGAUUGUGGCUGCCUUGAUGUUCCUUGUACAAGAAAUUCCAUCUCACCAGAUUGUGCAUUUUCACUGUAUAUCCCCCAUCCCUGGAAUUCUUUUCCUCCUCAUUUUCUUCUACUGACUUCCCUGACUUCUUUCAAGUCCUACCUAAUGAAACCUUUCCCAAACUCCCUUUUCCUGUGUGGAUUAUCUUGAAUUUUCUUGUAUGUAGCUUGUUUGUACAUAGUUGUUUGCAUAUUGUCUUUCCAAUUAGACUGUGAGCUACUUGAGAAUAGAGACUGUCCUUUGCCUUCUUUUGUAUCCCCAGAACUUAGUAUAGUACCUAGCAUAUAGUAGGCACUUAAAUACUUAUUGACUUAUUGACUGACUAUGGGCAGGCUCAUUGACCUGGGAAUCAGAGUUUCCAGAUUAAUAGGCAACUGGAAUUGGCUUGUGUACUGCUCUGUUUCUCUGCAUUUUUAGGUCACCUUUUGGGGCACACCUCGUGGCAAUUGCUCUGUUUAUCUAGUCUUAGUGAGACCCAAAUGUUUUCUGACUUUUAACCUUCACAAAAUAGUCUGUUCAAUUUGCCAUUAUUCUAAGCAUCCCCUAAAAAGUGUAGUAGUAGGGCAACAGAUGAAGUGCCCAUCCAUGUCUGAAUGAGUCCACCUUUUGUCUUUGCUACAAAAAAAGUAAGCUUAAUCAUUAGGAGCUCAAAUACUAGAUCCUGUGGCAUUGUGGAAGAAACCCCUGAUACAGUGGUUCCUUUCCCAGUUAUAAACAGCUUAUUGGUGAUAAUGGCACAUCCUAUUGCCCCAUUGUACAAGGUUAAAUAUUGUAGCCCAAAUGAUAUCUAGUUGAUUUUUCUCUAAAUAAUUAAAUCAUCUGAAUCUGGUUCUAUGCUUAUGUUAGGGGAGACAUGAUUUAAUGACUGUGUCACAUGCUUCUAAUAAAGUCAGAACUGUCAUGGUCAGAAAAAAGUUAUGAUUUGUAAAGAUUUUAUUAACUAUUUCUGUGUUUUUACUUUUGUUUGCAAAACAUCUGUGCCCUAAAUUGACAUGGUCAAUUUUUGUAAAAGUUCCAUGUGCUAUUGUGAAAUGUGUAUUGAAGUCCCAUUUAGAAGAUGCUAUAAAGUUUUUCUGAUCUUGUUUCUCUAACAAUUUGCUCAGUUCCUUAUUUUCCUUGUUUAUAUUUCUAUUAAAAUCAUUCCAAACUGA